CCGGCUCCCGUCGCGUUGAGAAUACGUCGUCGCCGUCAGCUGCUGUCUACCGGUCGCCAUCGCCCUCUCCUCCGGGAUCAACGCCGACGACGUCUUCGCGCCGCGGUCGCCGGCUCCGAUAUGGCCUUGUACACCCAUGACUUGGAGGCCUUGGUCGCCGAAGUCGAGAAGCACCCGGUGCUCUACGACCCGGGUCAUGGCAAACAGAGGGACAUCAUGAAGCGGUUCCAGGCUUGGAGGGACAUCGGCAAAGCCCUGAACGCUACACCAUCCACGUGCAAGAAGCAGUGGCGGAGCGUGCGCGACCGGUUCGUGCGCGAGCAGCGGCUGUGCUUGCUCUCCUCCCGACAGGACACCGAGGCCCAACGCCACGCCAAGUGGGGGCUCUACAAGCACCUCGGUUUUCUGGCCAGGUGCGUCAAAGCACGGCCCAAUGGCAAGCGUGCCCUCAAUCAUCACACCGGUUCCAAGAAGAAAUUUGGCCGCACAGGCCGGCUGAGACCCUUGCGGCCUGCUGUACAGCCCGUGCAAGCCGUCCAGCUGGUGCAGAGCUCGGCUGAGGACAAAGGAGUGGAGGCCGCCGACUACGACACGGGAUCGGAGUGCGUCAUCUUUCACCCUGAGGUCAUCACUCAGAGUGUCCUGCUGUCAAUGGUGAAUGUUCCAUCACCGGAUGAAAUCAUCAUCCCCGAUCAACCGUCGUCCAUGGACGUCCAGGACUCGACGACCAACUGCGGCACAACUUCGGGACACGAACAGAUCUCGCAGUCCGCGCAGCGUGAGCCGGCCGGAAGUGCGUUCGACCUCGUGACCGUGAAAGAGGAGCCGCUUUCCUGCGUUACGUCAGAGGAAGAAACCGGAAGUGCCGGCACACUUCUCGGCGACGGUGCUGCCGCCGCCGCCCCCGUGGGUGACGACGAGGCCUCCUCGCUUCCCAUACCUCGUCGCGCUUCCCCGCAAUAUCGACAGGCGCUGCUGCGCCGCAAACGGAAGUCGGACCCGACGACCGAGCCGACCCCCAAGCGCUCACACCGUACCGGCGAAGACGACGUCGAUGCCGACGGCAGCGACGGUGCCGACACCGACGUCGUCGGCAGCACCAACGCCCUGCUUCACCAUCUGGUGCAGGCGACCGAAAGAGUCCGUGCCGCGGCCGACGCUACGACGACGUGUCGCUUGGCGCACGUAGAUCCCGGCGAAUCGGACACCAUGUACCUGCUAAGCCUGCGAGAAAGGCUUAGGAGCUUCGGUCCGAGAGAGCGUAGCCUAGCGCUAGUCAGGAUUCAAGAAGUGCUGCACGAGAUAGAGUUCGGCACAACGGAUCGUUGACUUAUAGCACGCAUGUUGGAAUAUAAAAGACCACGUGUCGAACAUCAUUCCAUCAUCAUGAGCCAUUUUCGUUUGUAAUAAAAACAACGCUA